AUGGUUGUAGUACCGCGUGGUGUUUGGUCUCCUGAGGCGAAUGCGCAGCGCCAAGUUCCUCUCGACGAUAAAGUUUUGAAAAAGUUGCCACCUGCACACCUUUUUCGACGAGAUGUGCUCGCGUAUUGCACGUUACGGAACUUAAUUCCUCAUCCCCAGUUGCUCCCACUGCAUCCGGAUGAAGAAGAACGUCAAGGCGCAACAUCCAACGAGACGUCGGUGAGCAACGACAUCUACGAUGUGAGCGACGUGGAGCAGAUUUCGAUUAAAAACUGGCAACUCGAUGACGGCAACUGCCGCGCUAUGUGCUACGCUCUCCCGUUGGCAACGAGAACUCGCUCCGUUUGCCUCUUCAACGUUGGAUUGAACAAGGAGCAAUUGCAAUUAUUGUGCUCGACCGUUCCAAAGACACACGUGACUGCUCUCCAGCUGGAAUGGAACUCGCUCCAGUCGGAGGGAGUUGACGACCACUCGGAAAUGUUUGCUCAGCUAUUAACUGAGAGUUGUACUCUCAUUUUUCUCUCCCUACGAGCGAACGGAAUUACUUCUCGAGGAGCAGUGGCACUUGCAAAAGCAUUGCGCAACAACAAGACUCUUGAAGCUCUUAAUCUGUUUCAGAAUGAUAUCGACGAUUCUGGCGCUCGUGCAUUUGCACACGCACUGCCGCUUAACGCAACACUUAAGACACUAUCACUUGCCAACAACAAAAUCUCCGGAUGUGGGGCGAAGAUUCUGGUGGAUGGGCUGACGAAAUACGCUGCCCCACCGGAGCUCCUAGCGGAACUUGAUGCAGCUGAAAGUCAAAUCCACGCCCAGAUGGAGCAAGCGAAGAAGGCCAAGAAGAAGAUUGACCGCGCGACGGCCAUUGCGCAGCUGGGUCUCCCUAUUCUGGAGACGGUCGAUGGGGUGCAAUACGCUUCUGGGAAUUCCACACUGGAAGAGCUUCUCCUCAGUGGAAAUACUCAGAUCGGCCCAAAAGAUGUAGACGCGAUAAGAGAGGCACUUAAACGCUUCCAGCCGAAGUUGCAAGCUCAUCUCCGAUGUAUCAAACUUCAGAGACUACCACAGAUGCACAAAUCGCAUGACGCGCACCAACACGUUUCCGAAUUCAUCAAGUUGUAG